AUGGACCCCCUUCUCCCUCUCCGUGAUGCCACUGCGCCUCAGAGCGACUCAAAAGAAGCCCACGAUCACGAAGAGCCCCCUCAAACCGCGAUUCCGCCUCUGCCGCCGUCCCCAGGCUUUAAAACCUACAAUGAAGCGUACAAUUUCAUCCAGGGCUUCCUUCGCGAUAAUGGAGCUGCUGUUAUCAGGCGGUCAAGUUCCCGCAAGCGGGAUAUCGAUGGGACCUCCCUUGCAACCCGAAUUAUCUUUAUUUGUGAUCGUGGCCCGCAGCGAGCUUCCACAAGCACCGGGCUUCGCAAAACGUCCACCCAAAAGCUCGACUGCCCUUUCCGCCUUCUCGUGACAGCCUCAUGCAACGAAGGUAUAUGGAAGUGGGAUUUUCGUGCCACUGAGGAUCACCACAACCACGGGCCCUCGCUUGAUCCCUCGGCACACAAUAUCCAUCGCCGACGGACCUCCAUACAGCAAGCUCUCGAGCGGAACCUCUCGAAACACAAAGCACUACCGGCUCGAGAGAUAUCAAGCAUCCUACGUGACGCCGAUCCUUCUGCAGCUUUCUUCCGCAUUCGAGACGUCUAUAAUGAUCGCCAAAAGCUUCGUUUUGAAGCUCUUGGAGGAGAGACGGCAACACAAGCGUUUGAAGGCACCUCUCGCAAGAUGAGAUCCGGCCCAAGGUCUCUCGCGGCAUCACAACAAAGAUCGUCGGGCAAAGGAAAUACAAGGGGAAGGGUUUCAAAAGGAGGGCGCGCCAGGGGUGGCGCGCCUACAGCUUCGUCAAGGCGGCUGCCUUCGUCAGGCGUCGAGGCGCCCACACAGUCACAGGGGCCAGAGGAGCCGGAUCAAUUGACGGGCCGGGAUGUUGCAACUUCGGGCUGA